AUGAGUCCUGAAAACUGGACUCAUGUGACAGAGUUUGUCCUUUUGGGUUUCCCCAGAAGCCACAGCCUGCAGUCUCUGCUGUUCCUGGCGUUGAUGGUGACCUACAUUGUCACAGCCACAGGCAACCUGCUCAUCAUUGGGCUCAGCUGGAUGAGUCAAUGCCUGCACACACAGAUGUACUUCUUCCUGAGGAACCUGUCCUUCCUGGAACUGUUGCUGGUGUCCGUUGUGGUUCCCAAGAUGCUUGCCGUCAUUCUCACGGGGGACCACUCCAUCUCAUUUGCCACCUGCAUCAUCCAGUCUUACCUCUACUUCCUCCUGGGCACCACUGACUUCCUCUUAGCUGUCAUGUCUCUGGAUCGUUACUUGGCUAUCUGUCGACCUCUCCACUAUGAGAUUCUGAUGAAUGGCCGUGUCUGUUCCCAUCUAGUUCUGGCCUCUUGGCUAGCGGGAUUCCUCUGGGUCUUAUGCCCCACCAUCCUCAUGGCCAACCUACCUUUCUGUGGCCCCACUGGUAUUGACCACUUUUUCUGUGACAGUUGGCCCUUGCUGAGGCUCUCUUGUGGAGACACCCACUUACUGGAGCUUGUGGCUUUUGUGCCCUCCACGUCAGUGUUACUGGGCUCGCUGGCACUGACUGUUUCCUAUGCCUGCAUUCUUGCCACUGUUUUCAAGGCCCCCACAGCUGCAGAGAGAAAGAAAGCAUUCUCCACUUGUGCCUCACACCUCACAGUGGUCAUCAUUGUCUAUGGCAGCUCCAUUUUUCUCUACAUUCGCAUUUCAGAGGCUCAGUCCCCGCUGCUCAACAAAGGGGCUUCUGUCCUGAGCUGUAUCAUCACACCGCUCCUGAACCCAUUCAUCUUCAGUCUCCGCAAUGAUAAGGUGAAGCAGGCCCUAAGAGAUGCCCUGACAUGGGACAGAACCAUGGCUGCGAGAAACUAUGAGGGUCGCAAGUAA